AUGAAUUAUAAUUUGGAAGAAAAUGAAUAAGAGUUUCUUGAAAAUAGGUCACCAAGAAACGAAGAAGAAGAAGUGGACCAAAAAAAUGAAGAAGAAGGUGCUUAGAAUACAUAAAAUUUAAAGAAAAAGAAAAAAAUAUAAUAGUUUAAAUUGAAACCUGAAUAAAUUACGGACCCGUAAAAAGGAGUGCUUUUUUUAUUUAAUUUGUGUAAAGAUUAUCGGUUUGGCAAUGAUGAACUUGAUGAAUUAAACAAGUAUAUGCAUGUAAUAGAAGAAUGGCACUAUUAAGUAAUGCCUAAAUACGACUUUGAUUAUUUUACAAAUAGAUUAUAAAAAUUUGGAGGGAAUAAUAGUGUUUAAACUCAUCUAUAAUUCCUUAGGAAGGCUUACAAAGGUCUGAUUCCAUGGCAUUUUGUCCUUAAUCCAUUGGGAGAGCAACCUAUUAAUGACCUUUUAAACAAUUAAACCAUUAAUGAAAGCAUAGUUAAUAAUUCAGCAAUAAUGUAGGAAGAAUAGCCCUAUCAAAACAUACACUAGACUGAAUAACAUUUUAACUAGCCAGAACAAUAAUAGUAAGUGAUUUCUCUUUCUUCAUAAAAGAAACCCUUAAAAUUAUCUUUAAAAAAAUAGAAUGUAUCAUCAUAAGUGAAUUCAGUAAAAAAAGAACUUACUGUGCGUUUUAAUGAUGAUGUUUAAUAUCAAGAUGUACAGAAGCCUAUUUAAGAAGAAAAUUUCGAUGAUUUAUUUGAAUAAUUAGAAGCUGCAUAUAAAGCCAAAGAAGAGAAAAAAAUUGUAAAUUGAGAGAAUAGUAUUUUGAUAGUAAUUCUAUUGUUUUUUUGUAUAUUUAUCAUAUAUCCUAUUUUGUAUUA